AUGAAACUAGUUGUUCCUUCUAUCAUAUCUGAAUUUCAAGGGGCUUUUGUGCAUGGCAGGCAAAUUCAAGAUGGAAUUUUAAUAGCCUUUGAUCUUAUUGAUUCAAAGUUGAGAAUGCAAGAAACUGGUUUGAUUUGUAAGGUUGAUUUUGAGAAGGCUUUUGACUAUCUGAACUUCUUAUUGAAAGGUAAAACAACUGAUUUAUUCAAGAGUCAAAAAGGCAUAAGACAGGAUGAUCCUAUCUCCCCUUUUAUAUUCAUUUUAGUUGCUAAGAUUCUUUCACUCAUGCUCAAGAAAGCUGCUUCUGAUAAUUUAAUCUCUGGUUUCAAAGUUUCUCAAAAUGGAACCACAAUAAGUCACUUACAAUUUGCAGAUGAUCUUGUGGUUUUUCUCAAUGAUGAUGAGUUGCAGGUUCAAAAUUUGAAGCAUAUUUUGACUGUGUUUGAGAUGAUUUCUGGUCUAAAAGUAAAUUAUAGGAAGAGCACUAUGGUAGGCCUAGGCCAGUUGCAUAAUGGAGAAGUUUUUGCUGAUUCUUUUGGAUGUUCAAGUUCUCAAUUACCAAUGAAUUAUCUUGAGUUUGUUAAGGAAGGUACAUUGCUUACUGUGAGAAAUGGUAACAACAUUCAUUUUUGGGAGGAUGUAUGGGAUAAUGAGAUUUUGGAUGUAGCAAAUCUCUUGCAGGUGAUUGGUGAACCUCCACAGAAUGCUGGUGAAGAUGUUAGAGUCUGGAGAUAUGGGGAUACUUUUUCAGUAGCUAAUCCUUAUACUACUUUGGAAGAGGGGGGCCUUUUGAGAUUUCCAGAUAAACAAUUAUGGAACUCCACGGUGCCACUGAAGGUGUCAUUUUUAGUGUGGAAUUUAUGUUACAAAGGUGCUCCAACUUUGGACAUGUUGUUCAGAGCUGGUUUAGUGAAGGAUACAAACUGUUUGUUUUGCAAUCAUUUUGCUGAAACAAAUGAUCACCUGUUUCUUCAUUGUACUUCAGUUGCUAGCAUCUGGUCCUAUUUUCUACACAGUUUUUGUGUUGGCUGGGCUCUAGCAGGUGAUGUGAGGAUGAAUUUAUGGGAAUGGGGGGCAAAGAAAAAUUCUUCAAGAUUAAAAGAGAUUUGGAGCUUAUUAUCGUUUGCAAUAUGGUGGACUAUUUGGAAGGAGCGUAACAACCGUCUCUACAACAAUCAUUCUAGAAAUAUUAACCAAUUAAUAAUUGCAGUUAAAUGCUUGUUGUAUUCUUGGGCUGUAAAAUCUGACAUUUUUUCAGGCUUUUCACUUUCUACACUCAUUUGUAACUGGGAUGCAGUGAUUCACUGA